AUGGUAGCUUAUAUAAACUUGGGUUGCUACUACAUUUUUGGACAUCCUCUUGGAUAUCUUCUUGGUUAUACUGCUAAACUGGGUGUUACGGGACUUUGGGGUGGCAUGAUAUGUGGAACUGCUCUCCCAACUUUGCUUCUGUUGUUUGUGCUCUACAAAACCAACUGGAACAAUGAGAUGGAGCAAGUGACAAAACGCAUGAGGAAGUGGGGUGGUCAAGACAUCACAGCUGAGAAUGGAGCUCAAACUACAUGA